AUGGAUAAUCAAGACAAGGGAGGAGGGAGGGAAGGAGAGAAGACGGAAAAACUGAUAGUUGGGGAGGUUGGUGAUGAAGACAAGCAGACCAAAGACAAACACAACAAGCUGGAGAAGGAGAGCAACGAGAAGGAGCCGAGCAGAGAGGCCCGGAAGGAGAACCGUCGCUGCCAGUGGAGGAGCGGCUGGGCUCUGACUGAACGCCUGGCCAUCAAUGUGUCAGGAAUGCGUUACGAGACCCAGCUCAGCACCCUCGCCCAGUUUCCCGACUCACUGCUGGGCGACCCCCAACGUCGACUUCGCUACUUUGACCCGCUGAGGAACGAACUCUUCCUGGACAGGAGCCGCGUCUGCUUCGACGCCAUCCUGUACUUCUACCAGUCGGGCGGGAGGCUGCGGAGGCCCGCCAACGUCCCCCUGGACAUGUUCCUGGAGGAGAUACGCUUCUACGAGCUCGGAGAGGAGAUCAUCGACCGCUUCAAGGAGGACGAAGGCUUCCCCAAGGAGGAGGAGAGGCCCUUACCCACCAACGAGCUGCAGCGGCGCCUCUGGAUGCUGUUUGAGUAUCCGGAGUCCUCCAGUGGAGCUCGGAUCAUCGCCAUCAUCAGUGUCAUGGUCAUUGUGAUCUCCAUUCUCAUCUUCUGCCUGGAGACUCUGCCUGAGUUCAGGAAUGAGAAGGAACAGAGGGAGCAAUUCACCACCAUACCUCACCCCACCAUAGCAAACGAAACCAUCUUGGUCCCACCUGGCUUCACUCCUUUCCAGGACCCCUUCUUCAUUGUAGAGACAAUUUGCAUCUGCUGGUUCUCGUUUGAACUCAUCGUACGCUUCACCUGCGCUCCCAGCAAGACGCACUUCUUCAAAGAUGUCAUGAACACCAUCGACUUCUUCGCCAUCAUUCCCUAUUUUGUCACAAUUGGCACAGAGCUGGCUAAGGACAAAGGCACGCAGCCCUCCGUGUCUCUGGCCCUCAUCAGGGUUAUCAGGCUGGUGAGGGUCUUCAGGAUCUUCAAGCUCUCUCGUCACUCAAAGGGCCUCCAGAUCCUGGGCCAGACACUGAAGGCCAGCCUCCGUGAGCUUGCCCUGCUCAUCUUCUUCCUCUUCAUCGGCGUCAUACUCUUUUCUAGUGCCGUCUACUUUGCUGAGGUGGACAGACCUGACACGGCAUUCACCAGCAUCCCUGAGGCUUUCUGGUGGGCGGUGGUGUCCAUGACGACAGUUGGCUACGGUGACAUGUACCCGGAGACGGUUGGGGGAAAGCUGGUGGGCUCCAUGUGCGCCAUUGCCGGCGUGCUCACCAUCUCUUUGCCGGUGCCCGUCAUUGUGUCCAACUUCAGCUACUUCUAUCACAGAGAGAUGGAGUGUGAGGAACACACAGAGUACCACCAUGUCGCCACAUCACUCUGGGAAAAGGACAGAGAGGACGAUGAUGAGGAGGACGAUGAGGAUGGAUUGGAUGAGGGGCCUGACUGCACGGGAGAUUACUCGCCCCUGUAUGCCCAGAGCAGCAGGGGUAUCUGUCCUCCACUCAAUGGGACUCUUCUGGCAGGACUUUGUGCUGGACAGGAGACUGGUGAUCAGAGAGGAAUAAAGUUCUACCUCAAAGAACCUCUGGUCACUCAGGUCUGACAGAGAGCAGAUGGACGGAGACUUGCCAAAGUAAAAUUCAAACAGUAUCUUGUCAAG